CUUGAAACGGUGCCUCCGUGUGAGAGACUGGAGCACUGAGAUUGAAAUAUUGAAAGCGUCGUGAUGAGUUCGAAGGCGGUAACGCUGCCCUCUGGGGGAAGCGUGCCUUUACUUGGCCUAGGGACCUGGCAGUCUCCCCCGGGGGCCGUUCAGGAAGCCGUGGAGGUAGCUUUAGAUGCUGGAUAUCGGCACAUCGACUGUGCUUAUUUUUACCAGAACGAGACCGAGAUCGGAGCAGCCUUUCAAAAGAAGCUCGGGGAAGGGAGGCUGAAGAGAGAUGAGCUCUAUGUGGUGAGCAAGCUGUGGAACAGCUUCCACGCCCCGCAGGAUGUGAAGCCGGCUUUCCUGAAAAGCCUGACGAUGCUGAACCUGGAUUACCUGGAUCUCUAUCUCAUGCACUCUCCAAUGGGCUUUCCGAAUAUCAGCGGGGAGCUCAUGCCUCAAAAGGACGGGUUGCUUCUGCAGUCGGAUGUGGAUUACGUGGACACCUGGAGGGCGAUGGAGAAGCUGGUGGACGAAGGCCUGGUGAAAUCGGUGGGGGUUUCCAACUUCAACAUCUCCCAGCUGGAGAGGCUGCUGUCCGUGUGCAGGAUCAAACCUGCCGCCAACCAGGUGGAGCUGCACCCCUAUCUGACCCAGCCCGAGCUGGUGGAGUACUGCAAGUCUAAGGGGAUUGUCCUCAUUGCAUACAGUCCCUUUGGCUGCCCUGCCCUGCCCUGGCCUUCGGGGGAGAACAGCCCUGUGCCUCUCCUGGAGAAUCCCACAGUGACUGAGAUCGCUCAGAAGCAUGGAAAAACCAGCGCUCAGGUUCUCAUCCGCUUCCACAUUCAGAGGGGCAUCGCCACCAUCCCGAAAAGCAUCACCCCGGCCCGCAUCGUGGAGAACGCAGAGGUAUACGACUUUCACCUGACACACAAAGAAAUCCAGACGCUGGAGGGACUAAACUGCAACACGCGAUUUAUUAAAUGGAACUUGCUGGGGAUGGAGACACACAAACACUUCCCAUUCAGUGACAAGAAAUGAGAAGUCAGUCCUGGAAGAUCCGCUUCCCAGUAAAUCAACUGCAUGUAUUGGCAAGCUUUCAAAAUGAUCCAUAUCAGCCUCUCAAAAUCCUUAUGAAAACAUACUAGGCAAGGUAAACUAAAAUCUACUUGCCUACCUGAACACUGGGGCUAAAACUAAUUAUGUUUUAUUUCCCAUUUUAAAUGACGUGAGAAUGGAGGAGAAGAAUUUUACAAGGGUGAUUUUAAAUAUUUGCUCAGCAAAGGGUAAGGGGGGAUCUUGAUAAGCUAUUUGUUCUCUGGAGACAGUUUCUAGAUGUGGGGGUAAAGGAUUAGACCCUUCUGUAAUGUUCCCCUGAUUUUCUUUCAG